AUGGGACAAUCGUUAAAAAAACUUUCUAAAAAUGGAGCACCUAAAAAUGAAGUAAAUGAAAAAGACCGUAAACAUAAUAAAGACAUAUAUUUAAAACCUCUUUCAGUACUUGAGGCCUAUCGAUUUAUUCAAGGUCGAAAAUUUCGUUUAGCCACAAAUGUCACGCUAACCCUUCCAAGUGACAACGAAGAAGCUAUAAGGUUUAAUGAUUCCAUUAAACUUUUAAAGCAAAUAUUUGGUUCUAAUUAUUCUGCUCCUGUCACAAAGUUAUUAACUUGUGGAGGUGCAAGAGUACUUGAAAUUGGAACGUUUGGUGGAUCUUGGCUAAACGAAAUGUCAAUAAAAUUCCCAAUGUCAAUCUUUUUGGGCUUGGAUGUUUCUACUGUUUUUAAUCCGGACUGCUUACCGGAAAAUUCUGCGUUUCUUGAACACAACUAUCAUGAUGGAAUUCCAUUCCCUGACGAUGUAAUCUGCUCUUUCUUGACGUUCGAUUAUGUGUACCAACAAUCUGUGUCUCCAAAAUUUCGGGAGAGUCUAUUUGAUAAUCAUUUGAAUGAAAUUUGUCGCGUACUUAAACCAGGAGGUUGGAUAGAGAUAUAUGGAUCACCUACCAAUAUUGUUAACGCCGGACCUGCAACUGAACAGUUUAUAUUAGCAG